GAAUUCUGCUGCCGACCUCUGAGCCCAGUCGCACCAACAUCAUGUCUGCUCAGUGCUGCAUCCGCAACCGACCUCGGUAUGAUCGAGAAAAUGGAUUUCAUGUUUCAACCUGAACAAAAGCAAGUCGGCCCUUCGCUCCCUUAUCGCAGCUUCGCCUUCAUGCGUCGCUCCAAGUCGGUCUGGCUUGUUGCUUUGUUGGCCGCCCUGCUUCUAGGCUUCAGAUCCAGCACGCUUCUUGGUCUCACCAACUUGGCGCCCAUCGUCCAUCACCCUAAAUUCGCUUCGCCUUCUCAGAUCCCAGCGACCAGCUCCACCAUCCUCUCCGCCCGCACCCCACCUUCUCUGGCACUCGCUGCCAACCCAUCUCCUUCCAGUAUUGUCAUUGGGAAAGCCAGAAAACCAAGCCCGGACGCUCAAUGCUCGUGCAGCUCCUCCUCACGUAUCCGCUCAGUAGCGCUUCAGAAGACAUCGGCGACAUCAAAGAGCCUUAGCAUUCUUGGCUGGUCUUCCGUCCAGUCCAGCACGCUCCGAAACGCAGCUCGCUCCUCGAGUCUUGGCGCCAAACACCCCAGAGGAAAACGAUAUGCUGCACACGCAGCACAGAUGGCAUUCAAUACGUACCCCAAUCUGCCCGUCUUCCCAUCUCUGUCCGCAUCUUCGUAUCUCGAAAACGCCACCACCACGACCUGGGCUUUCUGGUUGACCGAACUCAGUCAUGUCUACCAGCGUUCUCUGCAGCCUGCCAUAUUGGCAGCCAAAGAGCAAGCCUACCACGCCGCGCGUCUCGUCCAACGUUAUCACGAGCAGCAGAUCCUGCCCACUUUUGCCGAUUUGCGCCAACAAGCAUUUUACGCUGCCCACCAAACCGCGGAAUUCACGUCGCGAUGUAAUCGAGAGCAGGUGCGUCCCGCUUUCGACUUUGUCCAUGAGCACGCUACCCAAACUGCGCAACGUACCGCCAAGUACCACCAGACCGUGUUGAGUCCUGCGUUUGUGCAAGUCCGUCGCCAGGCUGCCGAGGCGGCAAAGACGACUUGCGAGGAGCUGCACAAAGCCGCCAAACGUACAGCACGGAUGGCCUCGCAGUACAGACAGCAGCAGCUUGGCCGCGGUUUUGUGUCAUUUUGUCAGCAGGCAGCCGAGUCGGCACAGUCCACCGCCAAGUACCGCGAGCAGGCUGUCGUUCUCGCUCUCGCCCAACUUCGGCUGCAAGCAGUUGAGGCGGCCAAAACCGCCUCGGAGGGCGUCAACAAGGCGGCAAAGCACUUCGCUUCUGAGGCGAGCCCAACAGUGCAGCAGAUCAAGGAGGCUACGUAUGUCAACCUCGAGGCACUGCACGUCGACGACUAUGUCGGCUUCAUGAUGUCCACUUUCAAGUCGAUCAAACAGAAUCUGCUCAACGCAGACCAAACUGUCUGA